GCCAUGGUGCUGAAGGAGCUUCCGGGUAAAAAGGCAUCCUCCGAAGGAAACCCCCUCCUCACCGUGACAACCAAGCUGGUCGGUGAGCAGCAAGAGAGCCGCCCGCUGCUGAGCCCCUCCAUUGACGACUUCCUGUCGGAGAGCCGCAUCGAUGGCCCUGUGGUCCGACCGGUCACCUCCAACACAGCAGUUCUAUCCUCAGCCCUCGACCUGGUGGACCUGAGCGAGCCUAGUGAACGCAGUAGCGGGAAGGUCAGCGUCAGCGUCAGGGAGCGUCCGAGCCCCUUGGGGCCCCGUAAGGGAAAUUCUAAAAACAGCCCACGGAGAGGGAAGAGACGCGAUGAGACGGAGCUCAUCCAGGUGGAGGUGGAGCGCUCAUCGAGCGCCCCACGAGCCCCCGAGAGGGACCCAGUACCCCAACAAGUGCGGCCCAGUCUCCGUCACCUCUUAGGCAGACAUCAUUCCCAGGAGGAGGAGUUUGUAAGAGCAAAGGCUGCUGUAGAGUCAGACACAGAGUUCUGGGAUAAGAUGCAGGCAGAAUGGGAGGAACUGGCUCGCAGGAAUUGGCUCGAGGAAGAAAAUGAAGGCCUGAUACCACCCAGCAUCUCUCCAAUUGAGAAGGGCUACUACUUUCACACCAACAACCCGUACAAAGAGUGGCCCAAUGCUUUUGAGGAAGGGCAGCAGAAGGCCAGAGAUGGUGACCUGAACAAUGCUGUCCUGCUACUGGAGGCGGCCAUUUUGCAGGACCCUUCGGACUCGGAGGCUUGGCAGGUUCUGGGCACCACACAGGCCGAGAAUGAGAAUGAGCAGGCGGCCAUCGUGUCACUCCAGAGGUGUCUAGACCUCCACCACAACAACUUGCCGGCCCUCAUGGCCCUGGCGGUGAGUUUGACCAACACAGGCAUGCAACAGGACGCUUGCAAGGCCCUGCACCGCUGGAUCUGCCACAACCCCCGUUAUAAACAUCUACUGCCAGGGAGCCGGAGCCCACUGCUGCAGGGGUCCCCCACCACACCGCGCAGGGGUCGUCCCCAUACGCCAACUUCUUGCACCCAGCUGGUGGAGGUCAAGGGGUUGUAUCAGGAGGCCGCCUUGCUGAAUACAGAUGGGGUCGACCCGGACCUCCAGACAGGCCUUGGGGUCCUGUUCAACCUCAGCUCCGAGUUUGACAAGGCUGUGGAGGCCUUCAACUCAGCCCUGUCUGUCAGACCUGAGGACUACCUGCUGUGGAACCGCCUGGGGGCCACACUGGCUAAUGGGGACCAUAGUGAGGAGGCAGUGGAGGCAUACACCCGGGCCCUGGAGCUCCAGCCGGGCUUCAUCAGGUCCCGCUACAACCUGGGCAUCAGCUGCAUCAACCUGGGAGCGCACAAGGAGGCAGCUAGUAACUUCCUGACUGCCCUUAACCAGCAGAGGCAGAGCCAGAGUCACCAAGUCAUGUCGGCUAACAUCUGGGCUGCCCUUCGGAUCGCCCUCUCCAUGAUGGACCGGCCCGAGCUCUUCCAGGCUGCGAACCUUGGAGACCUGGACCGUCUCAUGAAGGCCUUCGAAAUGGGGCGGGUUAUGUGA